AUGGCUCCCUGGGCCUGUGAGCUCAUGCUUCUCUACUUUCUACUCGGACUUCAGGGACCCUUGGGGGCUUCAGUCUUCAUAACCCAGGAGGAAGCACACAGUGUCCUACAAAGACAAAGGCGUGCCAACUCAUUCCUAGAGGAGCUGUGGUCAGGAUCUCUGGAGAGAGAGUGCAUGGAGGAGCAGUGCUCCUUUGAGGAGGCCAGAGAGAUCUUCAUCACCACCGAAAGGACGAAGCAGUUCUGGAUUUCUUACACGGAUGUGGAUGAGUGUGCUUCAAAUCCAUGCCAGAACGGGGGCUCCUGUGAGGAUCAGCACCAGUCUUACAUCUGCUUCUGCCUCCCAGACUUUGAGGGCCGGAACUGUGAGACAAAUAAGAAUGCUCAGUUGAUCUGUAUGAAUGAGAAUGGCGGCUGUGAGCAAUAUUGCAGCGACCACCCAGGAACCAAGCGCACCUGCCACUGCCAUGAGGGGUACAUGCUGCUUCCAGAUGAGGUGUCCUGCACACCCACAGCUGAAUAUCCAUGUGGGAAAAUACCUGUUCUGGAAAAAAGAAAUACCAGCAGACCCCAAGGCCGGAUUGUAGGGGGCAAUGUGUGCCCCAAAGGGGAGUGUCCAUGGCAGGCUGUGCUGCUGAUGAACGGGGCACUGCUGUGCGGGGCCGUCCUACUGAACACUACCUGGGUGGUGUCCGCAGCCCAUUGCUUCGACAAAAUCCGAUUCCGGAGCUGGAGGAACAUAUCCGUGGUUUUGGGGGACUAUGACCUCAGUGAGAACGACGGAAAUGAGCAGGUGCGGAGGGUGACACAGGUCAUUAUCCCCAACAAGUACAUCCCAGGCAAGCUUGACCAUGACAUCGCCCUGCUCCGCCUGCACCAGCCUGUGACCCUCACCGACUAUGUGGCACCCCUGUGUCUGCCCGAGAGGACCUUCUCUGAGAACACUCUGGCUUACAUCCGCUUCUCACGGGUCAGUGGCUGGGGCCAGCUACUAGACCGUGGAGCCACAGCUUUGGAGCUCAUGGCCAUUGAAGUGCCCCGGCUGAUGACCCAGGACUGCCUGGAGCAGUCUAAGAAGAAUCCAGACACCCCCACGAUCACAGAUAACAUGUUUUGUGCUGGCUACAUGGAUGGCAAGAAGGAUGCCUGCAAUGGGGACAGUGGGGGACCUCAUGCCACACACUACAGAGGCACAUGGUACCUGACAGGUGUGGUCAGCUGGGGCGAGGGCUGUGCAGCUGUAGGCCAUGUUGGGGUGUACACCAGGGUCUCCCAAUACACGGAGUGGCUGAUCAGGCUCAUGGACUCCAAGCCCCAGUAUGGGUUUUUGCGAGCCUCGCUGUCCUAG